AAUACAUCAUUAAAUUACGUCAAGUUGUUUGGUUACUUAAAUACAUAUUGUGUGAUAAUGGUAAAAUCGAAUCUAAUAUUUCGUCAGUUGUUUGAUUCGGACACAUCAACAUACACGUAUUUGCUUGGAUGUGAAAAAACCAAAGAUGCCAUGAUCAUUGAACCUGUACUUGAAUGUGUUGAAAGAGAUUUAAAACUUGUGAAUGAGCUUGGGUUGAAUCUAAUAUAUGGAGUUAACACGCAUGUACACACUGAUCACACCACUGGCACUGGUCAGAUCAAGAAGUCUAUACCAAACUGUAAAUCGGUGUUGGGAGCAAAUAGUGGUGGAAAAGCUGAUCUUUAUUUGAAAGAUGGAGAUAAUCUGUUGGUUGGAAACUUGACGGUUGAAUGUCGAUACACACCUGGUCAUACUCUGGGUUGUUUCACGUUUGUUCUUCAUGAAGAUCGAAUCGCUUUUACCGGGGAUGCUGUCUUUGUCAGGGGGUGUGGGAGGACUGACUUACAUCACAGUUGUGCGAAAACUCUGUACCACUCCGUGCACAGCAAAAUAUUCUCAUUACCCUCAGAUUAUAAACUUUAUCCAGCUCAUGAUUAUAAAGGUAUGAGUGUGACAACGGUGGGUGAAGAGAAACUUUACAAUCCACGAUUAACUAAAACUGUUGAUGAGUUUGUGCAAAUAAUGAGCAAUCUUAAACUAGAUUUACCAAGGAGAAUAGAUACUUCUUAUCCUGCAAACCUGGUGUGUGGAAUUCAAGACUAAUAUACCAUAUGGUCAAAACUAAUAAAUUUUAUGCUUAUUAAAAAAUCAAUACUGAUCAUUACUCGCUACUAACUUGUGUUUUUUACCUCGAUUGGUUGCACUAGUAUUAUGCAAUCGUUGUUUUAAUAAUUACCUAAUGUAAAUAUUUUAUGUUAAUUUAUAUUUAUUUCAUGUGAUAUUGUAUUUUGUUUAUGCAAAAAAACUUGGCAAUUAUUUAAAUCUAUUUAUUUAUAUAUUUGAUUUGUAUCUUAACCUCAAGAUUUAAUUUGUGGUAGUUUUUGUGUCUAUGGUCCCCUGGAAUAAAAUUAAUUUAUGCUAUUAUGUCACGGACAAAAGGUGUUUCUCUUUGGAAACAGGAUAAAUAAAUUUGAUCAGAUUGUA